UGUGGGGAGAAAAGGAGGGAGGAGCGCAGCGGGCGCUUCUUGGGGGCCGGGACUGGCGAGGGGGAAGUGAGCUCAGGCGCAGAGGAGGAAAUCCCGCCCGCGCCCGGCCUGUGCGUGUGUGUCUGUGUUGUGCUCUCUCCUCCGUCUCCGCUCCGUGCCUGGCGAGAGCGAGCUUGGACGGGCUCCUUGGCGGCUCACUGGGGCGAGGGCGGCGGCGGCGGCGGCGGGGGCCAGCUGAGCCUGCGAGGGGAGGGAGACAUGUCGGACCAGGAAGCCAAACCAUCAGCAGAGGACUUGGGAGACAAGAAAGAGGGAGAAUACAUUAAACUCAAAGUCAUUGGGCAGGAUAGCAGUGAAAUCCACUUCAAGGUGAAGAUGACAACACAUCUAAAAAAACUUAAAGAAUCUUACUGUCAGCGACAGGGAGUUCCAAUGAAUUCACUCAGGUUCCUCUUUGAGGGUCAGAGAAUUACUGAUAAUCAUACUCCAAAAGAGCUUGGGAUGGAAGAGGAAGACGUGAUUGAAGUUUAUCAGGAACAGACAGGAGGCCAUUCAACAAUUUAGGUUAUUUGCUUUCCCCCCCUCUUUCCCUUUUAUCCUUUUUUAUUUUUAAAUAAUAGUUCUUUUGUAAUGUGGUGUAUAACACUGAAUUGAAACCGGCACCCCAUCCCCAUAUCUGGGGCUUUAUUUCCAAUUGUCUGUUCUGAAUUCUUGUGCUCAUUAUACACUAUCAUUUGUUGUGCCGAACUCUUGUGAUCCCCCUGCAGUUGUACUACCCUCUUUUCCCUGUUUCCUCUUUAGAAAUACACCCACCCACACAUGCAUUUGUGUGUUCACAAGGCUCAUGUAUUUCAAGCACGUUAACAGAUCUGUCAGAUGGGCAAAGGUUCCUCAUACCUUCCAUACUCCGAAGUGUUGAUGUGGGACUCUUCCUUGUGGAUUUUAAGAUACAAAGGAGAUGAAGCUUUUCUGAAAUCUUAACAGCGGAAGGAUUGUGCCCUCAAAUUAAGAACACUUUUUCUGUAGCUUUUGCUAAUGACCUAGGACAGAGAAGUAUCCAGAUUGAUGGAAAAAUGUAUGUGUGUUUCCCCCCCGGUAAUAUGAUAUUUUAAAUGACUUCACUGAAGAGAACAUGGAAAAUCUUACAGAUUUCUCAUCGACAAAAGAGCCUAGGACAGUUCUAAUUUUAGUAGUAGUUAAUACAUCUUCAUGCACCAAGAGUUGCUAAUUAUCUUUACAUUGUUGUACCUUUUUGAGCUGGUUUGAAUGGACAUACUGUACUGGCUUUCCUUAAAUAAAUGAGAGAAUUACAUAUAUAAACAUCUGCUUUUUUUUUUUUUUUUUUUGAGAUAUUUGAAACUGGGAGACUUGCAAAAUCAGCAAAGAAUAUUAAGGAACAUUGGUUUCACACACUGACCAAUGCUUGAGAAUAUGAUAGUUUAAAAAUUGGUUGUUAAAGUUUUGGUUCAUCUUGUGAUUUAACACCUCCUUUCUGCUUGCUCUCAAAUUCUAAAUAGCCGUCAGAGUUUAUCUUCAAUCUGCUAACUGUUGUAUAUUGUACAUGCAGUGUCUGCCUCCUGAAUUCUGUUCGCAUAUUGUUGAAAAAUAAAAGGAAAUUGUAAGACUGGAGAAAAACCAAGACAUUUGUUAACCCCUUGUUUAUAACACUUAACGUUUUCCUUAGAUGUAAUAUCGGGGAGCACCAAGGCCUCUAUUUCAGGGAAAGGUAGUUGCCAGAAGGACUCAUUAAAAUGAAUGGGCCUAAAGUCAGUUGUGACUAAACUUGACCCACUGAUUUCAGUGCAAUUAAGGCAUGACUAACUUUUUUCUGUAUGGGGGCCAAGGUGCCUAGAGUUGCUUUGAAAAUCUUUGCGCUCAGUCCAACAAAUGCUGUAUUGCCUGGAAAUGAAACAAAAUUGUGUGAAAAGCCUAUUAUGCUUGAUGCUUACUGAAAGAUAUUGUGACAAGAAUCAGACCCCUUUGUGAAAUCACAGGCCUAAGAUCAAGAUCUCGCCCCCUUUUGAAGCUUCAAGUUUUGUCAUGUGACUUCAGUAGGAUCAGGACUGGAGCCCUUGCCCCAAAUCCUACUUCCAUGUAUGUAGAAGUAAGCCUCAUUUGACUUCCAGAGAGCUCACAUCUAUGUAAGUGUUCUUAGGUUGUAGGUACUUCUGAAAAUACUUGCCAUACCAGUGCUGUCCUUAAGUAAAUAGACAAUGGUUAGAGCAACUUUCUGAAAUAAAAGCUAUUCAGUGGUUUUGUGGCGUUUGUUCUGUGAAGUGGUAUCUGAAAUGAGGGCUGUUCCCUUUUUAAGAUAUUUUGUUUCCUAAUUGGUUGUCAAACUCCCAACACUCUUGACCUUCUUACCUAUUUUAGCAAGUUGCAGAACAGUGUCCUAGAAAACCUGUCGUGCUACAUGGAGCCCUUUAGCUCAGGUUUAGGCUGUGGUGAUGGCAGGAUAGAAACGCAUUGCUCUACCUCUGCUUUUUUUCCCCUUUGCAAGGGGAGUGGGGAAAGAACAGACAUUGAGACUGAAAUGUUCUUAAGCAUGUUUUAACAAACCAGUUGAUUAAUUGUGAAUUUAACUUUUUUUAAGCUGGCACUUAUUGUAAAGUGUUAAAUGGAUCUUCUCCAAUGCUUGUAGUAUCCAUGUCCCACUUCUGAUGCCUUUUUGUACACAUGCUAAACUUUUUUUAAAAAUUAAAAUUUGUUUUCAAAAAUCAUAA